GCUUCUGCGUUGGAUUCGGGUGCGGGAUUUUGGUUCUGCGGACCGAUCGUGGGCCCGGCUGCUGCAUUCGUGAUUUCGCCCGUGGAGUUGCACAUCGUCGUCGCCGGGAUCGUGUUGCUGCUACAGUUUGCGGAUAAAGUGAGAAUUUAAAGGCCCAAUGAAUGUGGAGAAGCUAAAGCGCCUGCAGGCGCAGGUUCGGAUCGGGGGCAAGGGCACUCCGCGUCGCAAGAAGAAGGUCAUGCACCAGACGGCGGCCACGGACGACAAGAAGCUGCAGAGUUCGUUGAAGAAGCUCUCCGUCAGUACGAUUCCGGGCAUCGAGGAGGUGAACAUUAUCAAGGAUGAUCUCACGGUCAUCCACUUCAACAACCCCAAGGCCCAGGCCUCGCUGUCGGCCAACACUUUUGCCGUCACGGGUCAUGGUGAGAACCGGAAAGUGGUGGAAAUGCUGCCGGAUAUCCUGCCACAGCUGGGACAGGAAACCGUUGUCCAACUACGAAUGUAUGCCAACUCCAUGAACAACCAAAAGGCCGCUUCCCGACCGGAGGGAUCUGCUGCUCCUGCCGAAGAGGACGAUGACGUUCCGCUCCUAGUCGGAGACUUUGACGAGGUGGCCAAAGUGGAGGCAGCCGCUAAGCAGGAGCCUCCACAGAAGCCAUCGACGGAAGGAAAGCCACAGCAGCAGGCUCCCAAGAAGGAUAACCGCAAAAAGGCAGACGAAAAGCAGCAGCCGCAACCAGUCGAAGUAACCAAGACCAAUGAGAAGCCUAAGGAGAAGCAGGAUAAACAGGACAAACAGGACAACAAAAAGGCGCAGGCGAAGGGUGGAAAAAAAGGCGAAAACCAAGGAAAUAAGGAGAAGCAAACCAAAAACAAGGACCAGUCUAAGGCACAGUCUACUCCCGCAGAGAAAUCUGUAAAUACCAACUCGCAGCCUUCGGCAGAGCCCUUCGCACAGAAACCAGAACCUAUUCCACCGAAGGUAACAGAAACUCCUAAACCUACUGCCCAAAAGGAAGGCCAACCAAGACAGAAAGGACAGAAUACUGAUCAGAAGACAGAGGCAAAAGCCGUUCAACAACAACCGGAACCCUCUAAAGCGCCCGAGCCAAGUGCUGCUGUCCAAAUUAUUGAAGCGAAACCCAUCGAGCCAAAGGUCGAAUCCAAACCGGCUGAAAAGAAGUCUGAACAACCGAAGUCCAAUACGCAGAAAGGGGAUACGGAAAUCUCUAAAAAGGUAGUUACUCCACCGAUCCUGGAAGAUAAGGCUGCCAACAAGCCCCUUCAACAACAGCAGGAACUGAAGCCUCAAGCUUCCGCCGAGGCUGUGUCACCUUCUCCAACUCAAACUCUCGCCCAGAUUGUGGCAUCGGAGCCAUCUGGACCUUCAGCGUCUGCUGCUCAGCCCCAAGUGCCUAAAAGUGUAGAAGAGAAAAAGGAGGUUCCCCUACCAAUCGCUACUCCGGCUGCUCUUCCCGACUCUGCAGAUUCUCAACCAAAAACACCAUUGCAAAAGCCCAAACUAGAAUCACCUCCGAAAACAGCGCCUGAGAGCCAAAGUCCACCCACUCAGCCGGCAGAGAAAUCAAAACAAGUGCCAUCAUCGGCCCAGGAGCAGGCCAAACAAGCCACAUCGCCCACUACAGAGAGUGUUAAGGCUCCUGCGCCUGCUUCGGGUCCUGUUUCUGGUCCUCCCUCAAAAGAAUCAUCGAAGCCUGAUGCAGAAGCCAAAAAGAAGUCGCCGCCGUCUCCAGCUAAGAAAGAGUCACCACCUCCUGCUAAGAAAGAGUCGCCUCCUCCUGCUAAGAAAGACUCUCCUCCUCCUGCUAAGAAGGAAUCUCCCCCUCCUGCUAAGAAAGACUCGACUCCCCCUGUGAAGAAAGAAUCACCUCCUCCUCCUGCGAAGAUAGAAUCACCUCUUCCAGCAAAGAAAGAGUCGCCACCUCCAGCUAAGAAAGAGUCGCCUCCUCCUGCUAAGAAAGGAACCCCUCCCGCUGAGGUGGCACAAGUUGCGCCACAAGUUUCAGCUGCCCCUUCACCACCAACAGCAGAGACGGCUUCGCCAGCAGCCCCCUCGACGCCACCGCCUUCUCCCACAUCCGUACCCGUGUCAACAGCUGCUGGGACACCUCCUUCGCCCGUAACGGAGGCUCCAUCCCCGCCGUUGCCUACUCCAGUGACUCCUCCUGGACAAAAGCAGGGCCCUGCAGCCUCAAAAAAACAGGAUGCCCCGCAGAAACCACAACAAAAACAGCCGGCCCCUCGGUCUGGAGCUCAGCAAGGUCAGCAGGGCCCGCCGAAGCAGCAACCAGGUGGAAACAAACAGCAGCAGCCCAAGCAGGUAAACCCAAAUGCUAAGGCGGGUGCUGCCCCAAAGCCGGCACCGGCUCAGGCCCCACGCCCUUCGCCUCCAAAGACAUCUUCAGCAAAUCAGCAACAACAGACCAAAGGACCCAACAAGGCACCAGCAGCAAAGCAGGCUGCGCCAGCUGGUGGGCAGCAGAAGCCAGUGACACCUCCUUCGAAGACAUCGCUCUCGCCGAAAGCGCCAGCCUCUCCAAAAGCAGCUUCCCCGAAAGCUGGGACUCCUCCAACUCCUACUCCCGCUGCUGCAGCCAACCCGGCUCCGGACACUUCCGGCCCUCCAGCCUGCAAUUGAAUCUUGCUUGACACUUUGGUCGGUUUUCUGCAUUUUGAACACAAAGUGCAUUUUGAUGCUUUGACUUUUCAGCUUUCCCUAAUCAGUCAGACGUGGCACUUGGAUACUUUUGAAAUCCCCUGUCCUUUUUAUUUCGAAUAAACUUUUGACUCACAAAUAUUA